AUGAACCAUCUCUACUUUUGUCGGUUUGAUUUCGAAGAUAUGGACUCGUCACCACUUCUCGCCACGUCACUACCGCAGAAACAGUUGACCACUUCCUCGUCAGCUGCAACCGCCACCGUCGGUUGGGUCCGCCUUCCGCCACCGCAAAAAUUUGCGUUUUUAAUCGACAGAUCGGAAUCUGUGGCUGAAGUGCUCCAAAUCCACGCAGCUAUUCUCCGUCAUAACCUCCUCCUCCAUCGUUACCCGGUGCUAAACCUCAAGCUCCAACGUGCAUACGCUUCCCAUGGCAAAAUCCGCCACUCGUUGGCUCUGUUUCACCAGACGAUCGAUCCGGACUUGUUCCUCUUCACCGCCGCGAUCAACACUGCGUCCACUAACGGCCUCCAUGACCAAAGUUUCCUGCUUUAUGUUCUUUUGCUUUCUUCUCAAAUUGUCCCUAAUGAGUUUACUUUCUCGUCGAUUUUGAAAUCAUGCUCAAGAAAACCAAAACCUGAUGAAAGAACCGUCGUGGCUGCUCUCACGGCUUGCUCGCAGAUUGGUGCACUUGAAUCUGGUCGCUGGAUCCAUCUUUGCCUCUCCACUGGAUAUAGAGAAUUGAGUAGGAGACACCUUCAUCAAAACACCAAUAGGAGGAAUCAAACCGACACUAUAGUUCGCGUGUUAUUAAGCCUCGAGACAGUGAUGGAUGGCAAGUUGAGGUCAGAUCCACUGAUUGUUGCAUUGCUAAGCAAACAGUUCUUGCCGGUGUAG